AUGUCACACGCUCUAGUAAUAUUAGUUUUAGUAAAUAUAGCUAUAAGCCAGUCUUGCUACUGGAACGAUGGGUGUGCAUAUCAGCUGUUCUCUUCGAAAACACCAUACGAUACUGUGAGGGGAGACAUUAGAGAUUAUCCAACACCGGCAAACUGUGAAGCAGUUGCUCUCUGGUCGCUGAACCGGCACGGCAACAGGAAUCCAGGUAACAGCGCGACUGCAAGCAUGCGUGCCAUCGCCCAACUGCAAGACGAAAUUGUCAGCAGUCACUACGAGGGCAAAGGGCAGCUGUGUGCUCAGGACAUCGAAGACAUCAAGCGAUGGAGGUGGAACGAGACUCUAGAUGAGUCCGCCUCCUUCUUGACUGGAGUUGGGUAUGAAGAGUUGUAUGAGAUCGGGAAGAGACUCCGAGAGAAGUAUCCGCAUCUGGCUGAAGGUACCGAGGACGACUAUUACUUCAGAACCACGUAUGAACAGAGGACGAUCACCAGUGCUAUGGCGUUUGUGCAUGGUUGGACUGAAGGUAGCCAGAUAAAUCCUUCUGUUGAUGGACCUUGGGAGCACGAUGAUGUCAUCAGACCGUAUGAAAACUGUGACCGAUAUCAGCAAGAUGUGAAAGGUGGGCAGGCGGUUGUAGACCAAUUGGAAGACUAUUGCAACAACCCUGAAUUUAUAAAUGUCAAAAACAAUGUCCAAACGCGUCUUGGUAUUUCGACCCAGUUGUCUUCCGAAGACGUCCACUCGCUGUACGAGCUUUGUCGCUUCUACCGCUCUUGGGAGCCGAAGCUCAAGUCGCCCUGGUGUGCUGCCUUCAGUAACGAAGACUUGCUGGUUGUGGAGUACAGAGAUGACGUCACUCACUACCAUAGGAACGGCUAUGGGUCUUGGGUGAAUGUGAACCUCGGCAAGCCAGUUCUGAAGGAUCUCUAUGAAAAUUUCAAAGCUUCUUUGGAAUCAGAAAAUACUGCAAGACGAUUGGUGGCUUACUUCUCCCAUGACACCAUGAUCGAGAUGGCGCUGUGUGCAAUGGGGCUCUACGAAGACAACUUCGUACUUCAAGGGUCGGAGAUAGACCCUGACCGGCUGUGGAGGACCAGUUUCAUUGGGAGCCUCGCUGGGAACAUCCUGGCUGUUUUGAAUACUUGCAACGAAACAGACGGCCAGAACUACCGAGUCCAGAUCUUCUUCAAUGAAAAAGUGACUGACCUCUGUCCUCUAGAAGGCUGUACGUGGGAGGAGUUCGACGCUUACUUCCAGAGGUAUACCGCAGCCAACUUGGACUUCUGCAGUAUGGACUACACGGGCCCAGAAGUACUCUGAAGACUUGGAUGAUGACAAAGUUUAUCUUUAGUAUGUUUAA